AUGGAAUAUUUGGUGAUGAUUAGAGCUGUUUCCAUUGGAUUUGUGCUCUUAUGUGUUUCUGGUUUGGGGUUUUUGCCAACGGAAGGUGCUGGCAGAGAAAGUUUCUUGAGAAACUCUUCUUCUUCUCCGCCAAGCUCUGUCAACGUCGGAGCUCUCUUUACUUAUGAUUCUUUCAUUGGAAGAGCAGCUAAACCUGCGUUUAUGGCGGCCAUUGACGACGUUAAUGCUGAUCAGAGUAUUCUCAGGAGAACCAAGCUCAACAUUGUCUUCCAUGACUCAAACUGCAGUGGAUUUACUGGCACCAUGGGAGCUUUGCAGGUAAUGGAGAACAAGGUGGUUGCAGCCAUUGGUCCACAAUCUUCAGGAAUUGGUCAUAUAAUCUCCCAUGUAGCUAAUGAGCUCCAUGUACCUCUCUUGUCAUUUGCAGCAACUGACCCGACUCUUUCUUCGCUACAAUUCCCUUAUUUUCUUCGAACCACACAGAGCGACUACUUCCAGAUGAAUGCUAUUGCGGAUUUUGUAUCUUAUUUCCGAUGGAGAGAAGUUGUUGCCAUCUUUGUUGAUGAUGAGUAUGGUAGGAACGGGAUAUCUGUUUUAGGUGAUGCUUUGGCCAAGAAACGUGCCAAGAUCUCUUACAAGGCUGCACUUACACCUGGAGCAGAUAUUAGCUCGAUCACUGACUUAUUGGCUUCUGUUAAUCUUAUGGAGUCUCGCAUCUUUGUUGUUCACGUGAAUCCUGAUUCGGGUUUAAACAUAUUCUCUGUGGCCAAGUCUCUUGGAAUGAUGGGCAGUGGCUAUGUCUGGAUCGCCACUGAUUGGCUUCUUACAGCUUUGGAUUCUGUGGAAACAGUGGACCCCAAAACAGUGGAUCUUUUGCAAGGCGUGGUUGCUUUUCGCCAUUACACACCUGAGAGUAACAAGAAGAGACGGUUUGAAGAAAGAUGGAAAAGCCUUAGAUCCAAAGAGAGUCCAGGAGGUGAUGGUGAUGGCUUCAAUUCUUAUGCAAUGUAUGCUUAUGAUACUGUUUGGUUGGUAGCUCGCGCUCUUGAAGUUUUCUUCAGUGAAGGCAAUACCGUGACUUUCUCCAAUGAUCCGAAUCUGAGGAAAACCAACGGUAGCAACAUCAAGUUAUCAGCACUUAACGUUUUCAAUGAAGGGGAGAGAUUCCUUCAGGUCAUUCAUGAGAUGAAUUACACAGGUCUGACCGGACAAAUCGAGUUUGAUUCAGAGAAAAACCGGAAAAAUCCAGCAUACGAUAUCCUAAACAUAAAUAGCAGAGGUCCACAAAGAGUAGGGUACUGGUCGAAUCAUACAGGCUUCUCAGUGGAGCCUCCGGAGACAUUAUACUCUAAGCCUCCAAACGCAUCUGCAGAACAUCAGCGUCUUAAUGAGAUCAAAUGGCCAGGGGGAGUAACAAAGCCACCUCGUGGUUGGGUUUUCCCUGACAAUGGAGAGCCGCUCAAAAUCGGUGUGCCUGACCGUGUGAGUUACAAAAACUAUGUCUCCAAGGAGAAUAACUCGCUUGGUGUUAACGGCUACUGCAUCGACAUCUUUGAAGCUGCUAUUCAAUUGCUUCCAUAUCCCGUCCCACGUACUUACAUAGUGUAUGGAGAUGGGAAGAGAAAUCCUUCAUAUGACAAUCUCAUAAGCGAAGUUGCUGCCAAUAAUUUCGAUGUAGCUGUUGGGGAUGUUACUAUAGUUACAAACAGAACCAAGUUUGUAGAUUUUACGCAGCCAUUUAUGGAAUCAGGGCUUGUGGUGGUAGCUCCAGUGAAGGGGGCCAAGUCUAGUCCUUGGUCGUUCUUGAAGCCAUUCACCGUAGAGAUGUGGGCUGUGACCGGAGCUUUCUUUCUCUUUGUGGGAGCUAUCAUUUGGAUUCUCGAACACCGCUUUAAUGAAGAGUUUCGUGGACCUCCUAGGCGUCAAAUCAUCACCGCUUUCUGGUUUAGCUUCUCAACGAUGUUCUUCUCUCAGAGGGAGAACACGGUGAGUACGCUGGGGAGGUUUGUGUUACUCAUAUGGUUAUUUGUGGUUCUGAUCAUCAACUCAAGCUACACGGCCAGUCUCACUUCGAUCCUCACCGUUCAACAGCUAACAUCUCGGAUAGAAGGAAUGGACAGUCUAAUAGCAAGCAACGAACCCAUUGGAGUGCAAGACGGUGCGUUUGCGUAUAAAUACCUGGUCAAUGAACUUAACAUACCUCCAUCAAGAAUCAUUCCGCUGAAAGACGAAGAAGAAUAUCUCUCUGCUCUCCAACUUGGUCCCAGAGCCGGUGGCGUGGCAGCCAUAGUCGACGAGCUUCCUUACAUCAAAGCUCUGUUGUCAAACAGCAACUGCAAGUUCCGUACUGUUGGACCGGAAUUCACUCGGACAGGCUGGGGAUUUGCCUUCCAGAGAGACUCUCCUCUAGCAGUGGACAUGUCAACAGCGAUCCUGCAGCUGUCUGAAGAAGGAAAACUGGAGAAUAUCCGCAAGAAAUGGCUUACCUACAGCCACGAAUGCUCAAUGCAGAUUGCAGACACAGAGAACUAUCAAAUCUCGGUACAGAGUUUCUGGGGGCUGUUCUUAAUCUGUGGCAUCGUUUGGUUCAUUGUACUCGCUCUUUUCGGCUGGAAAGUUUUCUGGCAAUGCCAACGGUUAAGAACAGAAGAAGAGAGUGAUGAAGUAAGAGCGAGCGAAGAAGCCAGUUCUUCUAGAUCAGGGAGAAGUUUGAGGGCGGCGAGUUUCAAGGACUUGAUCAAAGUUGUGGAUAAGAGAGAAGCAGAGAUCAAGGAGAUGCUUAAGAGGAAGAGCAGUAAGAAACUCAAAACUAGCCAAAGCUCAGCUGAAACUCCAUAGAGAUGAGUUUAUACGUAUAGAUGAUGAGAAGAGUCAACACAAUUUGUUUUAAGUGACUACAAACAUUACGUUACUUACAAAGGUAAAUAGAUAUAUUCAUAAGAUUUUGUAAUGGUACCAUAACCCAAAGAAAAUAAAUGCAAUUGUUUAUUCUUCUCA